AUGCGCUACCGUCACACUGAGCGUGCGCAAAGAAGCCAACUGGCUGGCGGGAAUCCAAGUGGAGCGAAGUACAGCGAGACGCGCCCCUGCGCCUUCGGAGCCGGCGUUCUAGGGCUCCGUCGCCGCUGCAGCGCGGCUCUCGCCCGGCAUGUUUCGAAUAGCCCGGGGGCUUCUGGCCCUCUCGCUGGCUCUUUGCCUCCUGACGCAGUGAAUGACACACUGGCUGACUACACACAGCACCAUUCAGUACAUUGCAAAGCCAAAGCGUUGAGUAUCUCUCGGAAGACUUCUCCUGUGGUGUCAGCUCAGAGUGGAGAGGCGAGUGAGUUCUACGAAUAUCAGGGGCGUCUCUGCAAGAUGUGCCCUGCAGGUCAUUUCGUCCUUCAGGAAUGUAAGACUGCAGGCUCUGAGUCGAUUUGCCAGCUGUGCCCCAGUGAUUACUUCACCACACACUGGAACGCAUUCCAUGCCUGUGCCCCCUGCAAAAUCUGCAGAUCUCUAGAUGAAGUUGAGCUGAAGUCAUGCAACAGAACCAGUAAUACUGAAUGUGCCUGCAAGGAGGGUACUUUUUGUUUCCCUGACCAGCCAUGUGAAACGUGCCAUAAAUGCAGGCUCAGGUGUCCUGAUGGAGAAGUGAUGGAGAAGCAUUGCACCCCGCAAAGUGACAUACAAUGUAGACCAGUCCAAACGAGCUCACCACCUCCUCCUUCAGGAAAGAGCAAUUCCAAAACACUUAUUUUGUCUCUUUGUGGCAUCAUCAUGGUCAUCAUUGCUGGUAUCAUCAUUUUUCUGAUGUAUAAGCGCAGAAGGAAUCCCAGGUGGUGUUUUAGAGGCCACACAACAAACAGAGCAAACUCGAUCCACUCCAAGACUGUCCUGUGGCUACAGACAAAAUUCAUUUGUGGACAACAGGAGAGUAAAGACAAUGAACGGAAUACUGAAGUAGAUCUGGCACCCCAGCCAUCCUGGCCAAAGCGCGCUGGCCCCAGUGCAGCAAGGCAGCCUGAGGAAGCAAUCCCUUUGCAAAAGGAGGAGGAGAGGAGAAAGCUCAUUCCUGUAGGUGAGAAAGACCCAGCAGAGAUUCUGCUCCGGUCUUUUUAUACUUUUGUGGAGGAGGUGCCCCUCAACAAGUGGCAGUCCUACAUGAUGGUCCUUGGUUUGACAUUAAAUGAGAUUGAGAUUGCGCAAGCGAACUUCAGAAACAGCGUGGCUGAACAGCACUUCCAGAUGCUUCGGAUAUGGCAGGAGAAAAAUGGGAAAGGGGCAUCUUUGGACACUUUGCUGGAGACACUCUGUGACCCAAAUGUGAAUCUCAAGGGGGUGGAGGUAAAAAUCAGGAAAUCUCUUAUAUUCAAGCAUCUGUAUGCCUACGAAGAAUGAAUCCUAAAGGCAAGGAUGUCUCUUUUCAGACUGAGCCUGCAAAACAUUUCAGUUACCAGUAGCUGCCUCUGUAGAGUUUCUUGGGGAGAAGGUCAACUUGUUCUCUCUUAAAGCCAUAUAUAAGUCAUAAAUUAUUGGUGCCAGGAGCUUUUUCUGGAAUGUAGGCUGCUUGGUAACUCCUUCCUGGGCAGAAAACAGUGUUGUUGACCAAAUUUCCCCCCAGGAAUUUUAAGGGAUAGAAAACACAUCUUUACUUACUUUACUUUACUUUAAUUGAAUAUUUAUACCGCCCAUCUCCCGAAGGACUCAGGGCGGUGUACAGCAAAAGUAAAACAUACAAAUAUAAAACAAUAAGAAUAUAAAAUAUAAACAUAUUAAAUAAUUUAACUAAAAACAGGACAAUUCACUUAAAACAUAUUUAGGCCAGCCCCGCUUGUUGGAACAAUAACGUCUUAAGGGCACGGCGAAAGGUGUGUAGGUCAGGGACCAUACGUAUCUCCGGGGGCAAUUCAUUCCAGAGGGCAGGUGCCCCGACAGAGAAGGCUCUCCCCCUGGGGGUCACCAGCCGAUAUUGUUUGACCGACGGCACCCUGAGGAGGC